AUGAGUGCGGAUCCAGACGGACAUUUGCAUUACAGCUUUGAAGCUGAGCUCUGCGAUGCAACGCCUGAAGUACUGGACAGGUCACCACCUAAGCCUGAAAGAACCAUUUCAGAUCAUCAUGAUCAACAAACUUCUGCACCUCUGGUGUUGGGCCCUGGCGGCAAAGCAACUUCUUCAGGCAAGAGAGCCAUUGAACUGAAUGGGACUCAAGAGGAGGGGCACGGCGACAAUCAGAAUUUGGAGUCGGAGAGUGUUGAGGAUGAUAACUUUCUCAUCCCCCUGAACAUGACCGGAGUUGAAGAUGCAACUGGAGGGACGUCGGAGGAGAAGGCAGCACCCAAGGUGAAAGCCCAGGCCGCUGCUCCGGCAACCCGGCGGAAGAGAAAGCGCGGGGAAGACCCUAAAACUUACGUACCUCUUGCCUUCCGAGAGAAGAAGUGUCAAGAGUACUACUUCUAUGAGUAUGCGUAG